CGAUCUCUCCCCCUGCUCUCUCCGGUGAUCUUCGCCCAUUAAGCGGGAAGAGUCUCGGUAGUAGGAAGGGGAAGCAGGAAGAAUCUCGGUGGUAGUACGAAGGAGAAGUAGGAAGAAUCUCGGUGGUAGUACGAAGGAGAAGCAGGAAGAAUCUCGGUGGUAGUACGAAGGAGAAGCAGGAAGAAUCUCGGUGGUAGUACGAAGGAGAAGCAGGAAGAAUCUCGGUGGUAGUACGAAGGAGAAGCAGGAAGAAUCUCCGUAGUACAAAAUGGAAACCGGAGCAAAAAAACAAUACAUAAUUUCUGGGGUUAAAAGCAGUGGAAUACUUGAGUGAGUCCUUAGCCGUGAAUGGUGAUAGGAGAAAAUGAAAACUUUUAGGGGAUAGUUUUACAAUUACGUGCCUCCCUCCCCAUUUGAGCGCAAAUGAACUGAAUUUGCAACCUGCAAAACUUGCAGUUCAGAUUCAUGGAUUCCCUGUUCUCAACCACUGCAGUCUCUUCCAUUCUGGUGAAACGAAAUGGAGGAAUUAGCUGCCAGAUUCCGAUGGCUCAUUUCCUGACCAACUCCAAAAGACGACCACCAAAAAACCUCCUCUAUCCACGGCGGACCAAGCUUCCCCCUGAUCCCGGCGUCAAUCAAUUCUUGAAGAAACGAACCUCUGACCCUCACCCUGACACAUCCUACCCAGAUUUGAUUCCGAGUGAGAAAAUCGGAUUGCCGGAAGAAGAACUUGACGAGCUUGAAGAAACGGCUGCGGAUAACUAUUUCGCCAAUGAUGAUAACGACAGUGAUAUCGUUUGGGAUCCAGAAGAAAUUGAAGCUAUUACAUCACUCUUCCGAGGGAGAAUUCCUCAGAAACCUGGUAAAUUGAACCGGGAGAGACCUCUCCCUCUCCCACUUCCUCACAAGCUACGACCACCAGGACUUCCUAACCCUAAAAUUCGCCCAAGAACAGCGGUUUCUUCGCGUGCACUGAUGUCUAAGCAAGUCUAUAAACGCCCCGAUUUUCUUAUUGGCCUUGCAAGAGCGAUUAGAGAUCUGCAACCGGAGGAGAAUGUGUCCAAAGUUCUCAAUAGGUGGGCUCCGUUUUUGCAGAAGGGGUCGCUGUCGUUAACGAUCAAGGAGCUAGGUCAUAUGGGUCUUGCUGAUAGAGCUCUAAAGACGUUCUGUUGGGUACAAGAGCAACCUCGACUCUAUCCAGAUGAUCGUGUUUUGGCCUCUACCGUUGAGGUCCUCGCAAGGAACCAUGAACUUAAAAUACCUUUCAACCUGGAUGAGUUCACUAAACUUGCGAGUCGUGGUGUGCUCGAGGCAAUGAUGAGAGGGUUUAUCAAAGGUGGGAGGUUAAGCCUUGCUUGGAAGCUUCUUGUAGCUGCCAAGAACGGUAAGAGAAUGUUGGAUCCUAGCGUUCAUGUGAAGUUGAUAUUGGAGAUUGGUAAGAACCCUGAUAAAAACAUGCUGGUACUUGCCUUACUAGAUGAACUAGGACAAAGAGAAGCAUUGAAUUUAAGCCAGCAAGAUACUUCAGCUAUCAUUAAGGUCAGCACAAGGCUUGGUAAAUUUGAAAUAGCUGAAAAACUUUAUAGCUGGUAUGUUGAAUCUGGGCAUGAACCCAGUGUGGUUAUGUACACUGCUUUAGUUCAUAAUCGAUAUUCAGAGAGGAAGUAUAGGGAGGCAUUAUCUGUAGUGUGGGAAAUGGAGGCUGCAAAUUGUCCUUUUGAUCUUCCUGCUUAUAGUGUAGUGAUAAAGCUUUUUGUUGCUCUUGGGGAUCUUUCAAGGGCUGUUAGAUACUUUGCAAAGCUUAAGGAAGCUGGUUUUACCCCUACAUAUUGUAUAUAUAGGAACUUGAUUACCAUUUAUUUAGCUGCUGGCAGGUUAGCCAAGUGUAAGGAAAUCUACAAGGAAGCAGAGAAUGCUGGAUAUGUCAUGGACAAACAAAUUACUUCAAUGUUGUUGCAAGCAAAAAGAUGAUACAUUUCUAGUAAGAGAUUUAUUAUUUCCAAUCUUGUUUAUACUUUGUGUCAUUGGUUUGUACCAUCGAAUAAUUACUAGACUUGUUUCAGAGUAUUGCAAUUUCAUUUUCAUUGCACUAGUCUGUUAUUUGUCUCGGCGUUUUGAACCUCUCAACUUAUUAAGAACGUGUUUGUGGGUGAUUUUAAAAUGACUAAAAUCACUUUUAUCACAUUUAAAACCACUCCAAAACAUGUUUUAUAUCAUUCAUUUUAAUGUUCGAUUUUACACUUCUAAACGUGAUUCACACCCCAUCAAAAUUGAUAUUGAAUAAAUAUAAAUGCAUAUGCUUGGGGGAUUUUGGUUGUAACGAAAGGGAUUUAAGCUAUUUCAAAAUCACUCUCAAACAUGUCCUAAAUGAGCUAAUCUCUUGGUUCCUUCUCGAUCUGCCACAUUUAAAUUGAUGUUUCUGAUUGCUUCGAUGGACAAAAUGUUGCGUGAGCCAUGAGGUUGUGAGAUAAUUUGUUAGCUGGGAGCAUAAAUGUUUCUGUAUAGACAAUUUCUUGGCUGCCAUUUUCAUUUAUCCUUCCUUUUGGUUAUAUAUAUAUAAUCUCACCAAACAACCGCUUAGGCCCUAGUACACUUGGUUGCUGUGGAAUCAUGUAGGAUAUUGAAUUCUAGGUAGGUUGGUGGCAUUUCCUUUUAUUUUCCUUUUUCAUUUGGCAACAUUGCAUCAUUGUAUUUCAAUAGACAUCUAAAAGUACAAUUGAUUUUUUGCUGCAGCAUACAUAUUGUCUACAUAUCCUCUUCUGAACAAAAUACAUUAUAUACAAAUUUUGACACAUACUGAUCAGUAAGCCUAAUUCUAAUUCAGAUUCUGUUCUGCUAUCUAUACCUUCUAAUUCCACUGCUCAAUGUGGUAAGUCUAUGUCUAGAUAUGUCUCAUAAUAUUUUACCCUUUCUGUUGUAGAUAUAGUCAUCACAGUUGUGCUCCUGGUACCGUAACUUCCCUUUCUGUUGAAAAUUAAAACGAUGUGAAAAGAACUGUAUCAAAAUCCCAGCUGUAAAUAAAAUAAAAGUUGUGAGAUCCUACAUAAGU